CAAAUCUCUAUUGGAAAGAGACAGAAAAAAACCACAGAAAGAACUAUAUUAUUUUCUUCCGAUGGUGAACUGCCUUUUUUCCGUUCUCUAUUUUUUUUGUCUUCCCCUUUUUGUGUGUGUGUCUGUGUGCAAAGGCUGGACAGGAAAAGAAGACAAAAGAGGAGGAAGUCCAGACCGGCAGAAGCUCAAGAGGAAGAGAGAUGUGCAGGAGAAGGCUUGAAUAAAAAAGAAGAAGAAGAGAGAAAGAGAGAAAAGGAGGGGGGAGAGAAAAGGAGAAAUUGUUGACACAUCAUUGACAGAGGAGGACCGCUUGAUGGAGAAGCUGUGGCGAGAUAGAUGGAGGACCGAGUGACGCAGAUGCUUUCCAGCACUGUGAUUCCUGCAGUGAGCAAAAACAGGUAGAGAGGAGGGAGAGGAACAGGUAGAAAGAAAGAAAAAGAUAGAUAGAAAGAAAAGAGAAACAGCAAGGGAAGUGUGAGAUGGGAUAAAGGGAAUGGACAAGCAACAACACAAGAUUGCCAAGUAAAUAAAUACAGAGUCUUGUCAUCUUCCCCGAAUCCAGCUGGAAUACCAUCACACUCCAAAAGUUGGACCAAAAGAAAAAGAAGAAAGAGUAAGGAAAGAGUGAAAUGGGAUAAAGGGAACGGGCGAGCUUCAGCCAAAGGUUGCGAUCCAGCUUGGAAGCCAAGAUUCUUAUUAUCUACCCCACAUCCACCUCUGACAUCAACACAACCCCAAAAGUUGGACCCCGAUGUCGGGACGGGCGGUUCGAGCAGAGACGCGGAGCCGGGCGAAAGAUGACAUCAAGAAAGUGAUGGCAGCCAUCGAACAUGUCCGGAGAUGGGAAAAACGGUGGGUGACGGUGGGAGACACAUCUUUACGCAUCUACAAGUGGGUACCCAUUGUGGAUCCCCGGGAUGAGGAGAAAAGGAGAUUGGCAAGCAGCAAUGAGCAGCAGAGGGCGAAAGAGAGAAGAUCCCAAGGGCUCAGUCCUCGGAGCAAUCCUGCCUUGCUCAUGUUGGAUCUCAAUGAUGAGAACAGUAACCAGAGCUCUAUUUCGGAAACCUCCUUGCUGAAAGGUGGUGACACCAGCCCCAGUCCUACUCCAGACCGCAGCCAGACUGUCACCCCAACUCCAUUAGGGGAGCUGAAGACCGAGGAUUCACAACCUCCUUUGUUGGGGCAGGAAGGAGAUUCUAGUGGGUCGCUUCUGGAGGGGACAGAUGAGCCUCCCAUGCUUACCAAAGAAGAGCCAGAUCAGAAGACAUUGGAUACCCUGGUGAAGGAGGCUGCCACCCCUUCGGAGCCUGCGAAGACCUUUGUGGAGCCCACAUCGGAGGCGGAAGAGGUGCUGUCCCUUGGGACUCCGCCACUGAAACGUGUCCGUACUGAGGGGCAAGAUUCAGAGCCUAGCCAGCCACCAGAAGCUUAGGUUCAGACCUGUUUCUGUCCUUCCCACUUCUAUUGAUUUGGUGUUGGGGAAACUUAAACGGAAGAGCAUCUGUUAGCAUCUUCUCAGUUAAAAUAUGGUACCAGCAGCCAUUGUGUCCCCCCAUCCCAAUUCUCACCAUUUUGCUGUCUGCCCCUGUAGAGGCAUUAUGCCACUGUGUGAAUAAAUACGGUGGCAUCUUUGGAUGCAUAAAGGGACCAUGUUUGUUUACAAAUAGCAGCCGUUUUUACACUGUUCAUUUAUGAUCUGCAGUAUUAAAAAAGAGAUGUAUUGCUGAAGGUGAAGCACACAAAACUGAAACAAAUUUGGGAACAGGCUUAGAGUUUGCUUUGUUUUCAAUGCCUUGUUACUUUUGUGAAUGGGAAAAACAAGAGCACAGUUGCUGGAAGUAAAGAACGCUUUAAAACACUUGCCAGGAAAGUCAAAAGGUUUCCAGGUUCUGUGUUGCAGUCUUUAUUUGGGAACUGAAGGGCACCUAUUGAUUUUAAAGCAGGCAUGGGCAAAGUUUGGCCUUCCAGGUGUUUUGGACUUCAACUCCCACCAUUCCUAA